AUGAACCCCGAGAGAAAGAGUAUCCACAAUUACAAGUUUGUGGAAUCUCAGUUGGCUGUAUUGAGAGGACUUGGGGAACGUUUAGACCUGACUCACAAAGACACCUUCAAGGAAGCAUAUGGUAACCUUCUGGGUAUUCUGAACACCGAAGUCAACAUCACUGUUGUGCACACCUUGGUGCAGUUCUACGAUCCACCACUAAGGUGCUUUACUUUCCAAUAUUACCAGCUAGCGUCGACAUUGGAAGAGUACUCUCAUAUUCUGGGUAUUAGGAUUAAGAACCAAGUGCCCUACAUCCGCACUAAGGAACUUCCUGAAUAUCGAGAUCUUGCUGAAGCUCUGCAUUUGGGAAAGAAGGAAAUAAAAUUGAACCUGAAACCAAAGGGUGGAAUCCAUGGCUUCACCUCUAAGUUUCUCUUAGACAAAUCUAUCACCUUCACUGAAGCUGGGAGCUGGACGACCUUCAACGCCCAUCUAGCUUUACUCAUCUAUGGGAUUGUCCUAUUUCAGAAUAUGGAGGAGUUCGUAAACUUGGCUGCUAUUCACAUCUUCUUGACUCAGAAUCCGAUUCCCACUCUUCUUGCUGAUACUUACUAUUCAAUCCAUGUGAGGACCCAGAAGAAGAAAGGGACUAUCGUCUGUUGCACCCCUUUGCUGUAUAGAUGGUUUAUUUCGAAUCUACCCAGCAAAGGUCCUUUCGUUGAGAACAAAGAUAACUUGAAAUGGUCCCAGCGGAUCAUGUCCUUAAAAGCCGAAGACAUCCCUUGGUACGAAAGGAGGGAUCAACUACAACCCGAGGCUAGCAUUGCGACAACUUGGAUAUCCUAUGAUGGACAAACCUGA